GCCUCAUUUCCCUUCUUCACUUGAGGAGAAUCUCAAUUAUGCCUCCUUUCUUUGAAGCCAGGAAGUAGUGAAAAGCCAUCAGACAGAGUAUAUCAUAUUUUUAUGUUUAGGGCUCCAAAAUGUCAGAUCCAAGCAAAACUGCCAUUGCAGCAGAAAAGACGGCUCUGAACUUGAAAUUACCUCCCAUUGUUCACCCUCCUGAAAACAUAGGUGUUGACACACCUGCACAGAGUAAGCUGCUGAAUUACAGAAAAUCCAAGGAGCAAGUGAAGACAGUUAAUCAGCUAGUAGUUGAACAAGCCAAAGUAAAUUUAGAUAAGACACUAGAUAGAAGAAGAUCUCCAACACCAGAGCCAGAGUAUCCUGCAACUAUGUACAGUGACCUUAAAAAGAGAGGGCUCAACUAUCUUUAUUUGAAGAAAAGUGUAGAAAGUAGUCCCAUAGUACCUAUUCAGCCAGAAUGGUUGAAACAUAUGCUGAAUCUUAUACCUGAGUCUCUAAAGGAAGGGAAAGAAAGAGAAAAACUCAUUGAAAGUCUAAUAAAUGAAGUAUCAAGUGACUUUGAAAAUAGUAUGAAGAGAUAUAUGGUACAGAGUGUGCUUGUGAGACCGAAAGUUAAAUGGCUUGAAGAUGAAGGAGGUCCUUUACCUGAAUCCCCGCUAGGCCUAGAUUAUUCUAAUCCUUGGCGUUCGACCUAUCUGCAGUUAAAAAAUCAAAUAUCAGCUAAUUUGCAUAUUGUUCAUCCAAUUAUGAAAGUAUUACUGGAUCUUGGUUAUUCAACAUUCUCCUAUCUAGUUUUGAUGGACUUAAAAGGAAUUAGAGCUAAAGGCCCAAUUGACUGUGAAUCACUGAAAAAUGAUCUAUCUAUACAAAUAAAAAUGUCCGAAGAAAAGCUUUUGAACACAUGGUAUCCAAAGGUUAUAAAUCUCUUUACCAAGAAGGACACAAUAGAAGGCAUUAAACCAGAAAAAUUGGAUUCAUUUUAUAACUGUGUUUCCACACUUCUAUCAAAUCAGCUAAGGGAUCUUUUAAAACAAACUAUAGAAGGAUUUGUAAAACUUUUUGAUCAAGAAGAUGAAAGUAGGAUGCCAUUAUUUAAGAUGGAAUUGACACUUGAUGAUGACAGAAUGGAAUUUUAUCCAACUUUUCAAGAUUUGGAAGAUGUUAUUUUGGGAAUAGUAGAAAGAAUAGGGGAAGCACUGCAGAAUGUCCAGACAGUACCCUCUUGGCUAUCAGGAACUUCAACACCUGUAAAUCUUGAUACAGAACUUCCAGAACAUGUGAUACAGUGGGCUGUUACUCAGCUAAAGGAGGAUAUAUCUCGUAACUUAGAAGGUGUAAGAAGGCAUUAUGAGACAUACGUUGAAAAGUAUAAUUGGCUCCUCGAUGGUACUGCAGUCAAGAUGAUAGAGACUUUUCAGGCACAAAAUCAUACCUUUGAUGAGUACACACAAUUUAUAGAAAAAUUUUUCAAUCUUGUCUCAGAAAUAAUGCUUUUACCUCAAUGGGUUCAUUAUCCUAUGGUGCGUUUGGAUUGUGAAGAUUUAAAGAUAGGCCUAACAAACAAAGCAAAGGCCUUUGCAAACUUACUACUAAAUGACAUCGCUACAAAACACAGAAAAGAGAAUGAAAGCAUUUGCAAUGAAUUUGAAGCAAUUAAAGAGCAUGCAUUGAAAGUUCCUGAGAGCACAGAAGAGAUGAUGGAGUUAAUAAGUUAUAUAGAAAAGGCCCGGACUACAGGAAUUCAGGAUUUAAUUUCACGGAUCCAGGAAUCCAAACGGCAAAUGAAUUACUUUUUAGAUGUUUUCCUAUUUCCUCCGGAAGACUUAACUUUAAAUUCAAAUGUCCUUAUGUGGCCUUGGAAAAUUAAUCCCAUCUUUGAUGAAAAUGAUGAGCUCAUUGAAACUGCAAAACAUAAAAGAGAAAAUGAGCUAAUAGCCAAGAGAGAGAAACUGAUUUUGGAGUUAGAAAAGGAAUCACGUCGCUUGCAAGAGUUUACAGAGUAUGCAGAACUGGAACGCAUGCAACAGUAUGUGACAGAAGUUAGACAACUACAGAAACGUAUUCAGGAAUCGGAAGAAGCAGUUCAGUUUAUUAAUAAAGAAGAGGAACUUUUCAAAUGGGAACAGACAAAAUAUCCUGAACUGGAGAACUUAAAAGUUAACAUUGAGCCCUAUCAGAAGUUAUUUAAUUUAAUAUUGAAAUGGCAGCGAACAGAAAAACGGUGGAUGGAUGGAGCAUUUUUGGAUCUUAAUGGGGAAAGCAUGGAAACUGAAGUAGAAGAGUUUUCCAGAGAAAUUUUUAAGACACUGAAGUCUUUCCAACUGAAGCAGAAGAAAGAAUUACAAGAAAAAAGAAAGGCAGCAAAAAGACGAUCUGUGGAAGAAGAGAAAUUUGAAGUGGAACCCAAAGAUAAUCCUACUAUUACAAUGUGCUCUACAGUCAUGGAGCAGAUAAAAACUUUUAAGGAAUAUAUCCCUACCGUUACCAUUCUGUGCAAUCCAGGAAUGAGAGGACGUCAUUGGAAGCAGAUCUCAGAAAUUGUGGGCUAUGAUUUGACCCCUGACUCUGGAACAACCCUGAAAAAAGUUUUAAAGUUAAACCUGACACCAUAUUUGGAUCGAUUUGAAGUGAUAAGUGCAGGUGCUAGCAAGGAAUUUUCACUAGAGAAAGCUAUGAAUAAUAUGAUAGCAACAUGGGAUGAAAUUGCUUUUAAUAUAAAUCUAUAUCGUGAUACUGGAGUCUAUAUUCUUUCUUCAGUGGAUGAGAUUCAAGCUAUCCUUGAUGACCAAAUUAUAAAAACUCAGACAAUGAGAGGCUCACCUUUCAUCAAACCAUUUGAAAAGGAGAUCAAGGUCUGGGAGGAUCGUUUGAUUCGAAUACAGGAAACAAUUGAUGAAUGGUUGAAAGUACAAGCUCAGUGGCUGUAUUUGGAGCCCAUUUUUUGUUCAGAGGAUAUCAUGCAACAGAUGCCAGAAGAAGGGCGUCUGUUUCAGACAGUGGACAGACACUGGAAGGAUAUUAUGAAGUUUUGUGCAAAAGAUCCAAAGGUUCUUGUGGCUACUUCUUUAACAGGUUUACUGGAAAAACUACAGAAUUGCAAUGACCUUUUGGACAAAAUUAUGAAAGGGCUUAAUGCAUAUCUUGAAAAAAAACGUCUCUUUUUCCCACGUUUUUUCUUCUUAUCUAAUGAUGAAAUGUUAGAGAUUUUGUCAGAGACCAAAGAUCCACUUAGAGUGCAACCUCACUUAAAAAAAUGUUUUGAAGGCAUUGCUAAACUGGAGUUCCUUCCCAAUUUGGACAUCAAAGCUAUGUUUAGCUCUGAAGGAGAGCGAGUGGAGCUGAUUGCACUAAUAUCCACAAGUGCAGCACGAGGUGCUGUGGAAAAGUGGCUUAUUCAAGUGGAAACUCUAAUGCUCCGUAGUAUUCAUGAUGUGAUUGCUGCAGCCAGGCUGGCUUAUCCAGAAUCUGCAAGAAAAGACUGGGUUCGAGAGUGGCCUGGUCAAGUUGUACUUUGUGUUUCUCAAAUGUUUUGGACUUCAGAGACACAGGAAGUUAUACGUAGUGGGGCAGAGAAAUUAAAGAAGUAUUAUAAGGAACUUCAGAGUCAACUAAAUGACAUUGUAGAGCUAGUGAGAGGAAAAUUGUCAAAGCAAACCAGAAUUACUCUGGGAGCUUUGGUUACUAUUGAUGUCCAUGCUAGGGAUGUGGUCAUGGACAUGAUUGACAUAGGUGUCUCACAUGAUACAGAUUUCCAAUGGCUUGCUCAGCUUAGAUAUUAUUGGGAAAAUGAGAAUGUUCGAGUUCGUAUAAUUAACUGCAACGUAAAAUAUGCCUAUGAAUAUCUUGGUAAUUCACCUCGACUUGUCAUUACACCUCUGACUGAUAGGUGUUACAGAACAUUGAUAGGUGCCUUCUACCUAAAUCUUGGAGGUGCACCUGAGGGGCCAGCAGGCACUGGAAAAACUGAAACGACUAAGGACUUGGCUAAAGCUCUUGCUGUACAGUGUGUGGUGUUCAACUGUUCAGAUGGAUUAGAUUAUCUAGCAAUGGGAAAGUUUUUUAAAGGAUUGGCUUCUUCUGGAGCUUGGGCUUGCUUUGAUGAGUUUAAUCGAAUUGAGCUUGAAGUGCUGUCUGUGGUAGCUCAGCAGAUCCUUUGCAUUCAGCGAGCCAUUCAGCAGAAACUGGAAGUGUUUAAUUUUGAAGGAACGGAACUUAAACUCAAUCCAAACUGUUUUGUAGCUAUUACCAUGAAUCCUGGUUAUGCAGGACGUUCUGAAUUACCAGACAAUCUUAAGGUUCUUUUUAGAACAGUUGCUAUGAUGGUUCCAAACUAUGCCCUCAUAGCAGAAAUCUCUCUCUAUUCCUAUGGAUUUUUGAAUGCAAAACCUCUGUCUGUGAAGAUAGUAAUGACUUACAGACUUUGCUCAGAGCAGCUCUCAUCACAGUUUCAUUAUGACUAUGGAAUGCGAGCAGUAAAAGCAGUUUUAAUAGCUGCUGGAAACCUAAAACUAAAAUUUCCAGAUGAAAAUGAAGAUAUACUUCUUCUUCGAUCAAUUAAAGAUGUAAAUGAGCCAAAGUUUCUAUCACAUGAUAUACCCUUAUUUAAUGGAAUAACAAGUGACUUAUUUCCUGGUAUUAAACUUCCUGAAGCUGAUUAUCAUCAAUUUUUGGAAUGUGCUCAUAAAGCCUGUGCAGCACAAAAUCUUCAGCCUGUUAAAGUCUUUCUUGACAAAAUUAUCCAGACCUAUGAAAUGAUGAUUGUCAGACAUGGUUUUAUGCUGGUAGGAGAACCUUUUGCUGGUAAGACAAAAGUUCUGCAUAUGCUGGCUGAUACCUUAACACUUAUGAAUGAGUGUGGCUAUGGAGAGGAAGAGAAGGUCAUUUUUAGGACUGUAAACCCCAAAUCCAUUACUAUGGGUCAACUUUUUGGACAAUUUGAUCCAGUGUCUCAUGAGUGGACCGACGGUAUUGUGGCUAACACUUUUAGAGAAUUUGCCUUAGCAGAAACACCUGACCGGAAAUGGGUUGUAUUUGAUGGUCCCAUCGAUACUUUGUGGAUAGAGAGUAUGAAUACAGUAUUGGAUGAUAAUAAAAAGCUUUGUCUUAUGAGUGGAGAAAUCAUUCAAAUGUCUCCUCAAAUGAGCCUCAUCUUUGAAGCAAUGGACCUUUCUCAGGCCUCACCAGCCACAGUAAGCCGCUGUGGCAUGAUUUAUUUAGAGCCCUCACAGUUAGGAUGGGAACCACUUGUAUCUUCAUGGUUAAAUUCACUGGAAGAACCUCUACAGGAGCCAGAACAUCAAACUCUUCUGAGAGAUCUUUUUGAUUGGUUAAUAGUGCCUGCUCUAACCAUUCGUAAGAAAAAAUUAAAGGAGUUAAUUCCUACAAGUGAUAGCAAUGUGGUCGUAUCUCUCACACGCCUCCUUGAAGUAAUACUUUGUACCGUUGUACAAAAUGAGCCUCAAAGCAAGCACAUUCGUAUUUGGACUAUGGCUUCCUUUAUAUUUGCUGUAAUUUGGUCCAUUGGAGGAAGUUGUGACACUGACGGGCGUGUUAUUUUUGAUUCGUUCAUACGAACAGCCAUACAAGGAAAACUGGAAAACUAUCCAUUGCCUGCCUCUGUGGGUAAAUGGGAAUGCCCUUUUGAGGAAAAAGGCCUGGUCUAUGACUUCAUGUAUGAGUUGAAAAACCGAGGUCGCUGGGUCCACUGGAAUGAAUUAAUUAAAAGUACUAAUCUAGGAGACAAACGUGUCAAGGUUCAAGAUAUAAUAGUUCCUACGAUGGACACAAUUAGAUAUACAUUUCUAAUGGAUUUAAGUAUAACCUAUGACAAGCCAUUGCUUUUUGUGGGUCCAACGGGAACAGGAAAAUCAGUAUAUGUGAAGGAUAAGCUAAUGAAUCACUUGGAAAAGGAAAAGUACCUUCCUUUUUAUGUUAAUUUCUCUGCAAGGACCAGUGCUAACCAGAUUCAGAAUAUCAUUAUGGCGAGAUUGGAUAAAAGACGCAAAGGAGUUUUUGGACCACCUAUGGGAAAGAAGUGCAUAAUUUUUAUUGAUGACAUGAAUAUGCCUGCAUUAGAAAAAUAUGGAGCUCAACCUCCUAUUGAAUUGCUACGACAAUUUUUUGAUUGUGGGAAUUGGUAUGAUCUUAAGGACACAAGUAAAAUCACAUUGGUGGACAUAGAGAUGAUUGCUGCCAUGGGCCCUCCAGGUGGUGGAAGGAAUCCAGUCACGCCUCGUUUUACUCGACAUUUCAACAUCUGUACUAUUAAUACUUUCAGUGAUGAAACCAUGACCAGAAUCUUCUCUUCAAUUGUAGCAUUCUACCUUAGAACUCGUGAAUUUUCUCCAGAGUACUUUAUAACUGGAAAUCAAAUUGUUAGUGGGACUAUGGAGGUAUAUAAAAAAUCUAUGGAAAAUCUUUUGCCAACUCCCACAAAAUCUCAUUACACUUUCAACUUGCGGGAUUUUUCACGUGUCAUCUUGGGCUGUUUACUCAUUGAAAAAGAUGCCGUGGAGAGCAAGCAGACCAUGGUCCGUCUAUUUGUGCAUGAGGUUCUCCGAGUGUUUUAUGAUCGCCUCGUUAAUGAUAAAGAUCAAAACUGGCUAUUCAAUUUAAUAAAAACUGUUGUAAAGGACCAUUUUAAAGAAUCAUUUGAUAGUGUCUUUUCACAUUUGAGGAAAGAGAAUGCACCAGUAACAGAAGAGGAUUUAAGAAAUCUCAUGUUUGGUGACUACAUGAAUCCUGACUUGGAAGGAGAUGAGAGAGUUUAUAUUGAAAUUCCAAAUAUUCACCAAUUUAAUACCAUUGUGGAACAAUGCUUAGAUGAGUACAAUCAAACUCACAAAACAAGAAUGAAUCUUGUCAUUUUUAGGUAUGUAUUGGAACAUUUAUCACGAAUAUGCCGCAUUCUAAAGCAGUCUGGUGGAAAUGCGUUGCUUGUUGGACUUGGAGGAAGUGGUCGUCAAUCUUUAACUCGUCUAGCUACAUCCAUGGCAAAAAUGCAGAUUUUCCAACCAGAAAUUUCAAAGAGUUAUGGUAUGAAUGAAUGGAGAGAGGAUUUGAAGACUCUGUUAAGAAAUGUGGGCAUGAAAGGCCAAAAGUCUGUCUUUCUAAUCACGGAUACUCAAAUUAAAGAGGAAGCUUUUCUAGAAGAUAUUGAUAGUGUGCUUAAUACUGGAGAAAUACCGAACAUCUUUGCAGCAGAUGAAAAACAGGAAGUGAUGGAGGGUGUUCGUCCUAUAGCUCAAGCUGGCAACAAGCAUGAAGAACUCAGUCCCUUAGCACUGUUUGCUUACUUUGUGAAUCGCUGCAGAGAUAAUCUUCAUAUUGUUGUGGCCUUUAGUCCCAUUGGUGAUGCCUUUCGAAAUCGAUUGAGACAGUUCCCAUCCCUCAUCAAUUGCUGCACCAUUGACUGGUUUCAGCCAUGGCCAGAGGAUGCCCUAGAACGCGUGGCUGUGGAAUUCUUAGGAACAUUGGAUCUUACUGUGGAUGAACGCCAAGUGAUAGUUCCAAUCUGCAAACACUUUCACACAACCAUUAUGGAUCUUUCACAAAGGUUCCUGCAAGAGUUAGGACGACAUAACUAUGUUACUGCUACUUCUUAUCUUGAACUUAUUGCCUCAUUUAGACAACUUUUGACUAAGAGGCGAGAAGUUAUCAUGAACGCAAAACAACGAUAUGUGAAUGGGCUUGAAAAAUUAGCUUUUGCUGAGUCUCAGGUUGGUGAAAUGAAAAUUGAACUUGUUCAAUUACAGCCCAAAUUGGAGGAAGCUAAAAUUGAAAAUGCACAUAUGAUGCAGGUUAUUGAGAUAGAGUCUGCAGAAGUAGAAGCAAAACGGAAGGUUGUGAAAUUUGAUGAGGAGAUAGCCAGUGGAAAGGCUGAAGAAGCCCAAAUUUUGAAAAACGAGUGUGAAAGUGACCUAGCUGAGGCAAUCCCAGCCUUGGAAGCAGCUCUGUCUGCACUGGAUACACUAAAGCCAUCUGACAUUACAAUUGUAAAAUCAAUGAAAAAUCCUCCAUCUGGUGUCAAACUUGUUAUGGCUGCUAUUUGUGUGAUGAAAGAUAUAAAGCCAGAAAAAAUUUCAGAUCCUUCAGGAACUGGAGGGAAGAUAUUAGAUUACUGGGGACCCAGCAAAAAACUUCUGGGAGAUAUGAAUUUCUUAAGAGAUUUGAAGGAAUAUGACAAGGACAACAUUCCAGUGACUGUUAUGCAGAAGAUUCGUGGUGAAUACUUAACAAACCCUGAAUUUGACCCUCCUAAGGUUGCCAAAGCUUCUUCUGCAGCUGAGGGUCUGUGUAAGUGGAUCAUGGCUAUGGAAGUGUAUGACAGAGUUGCAAAGGUAGUGGCUCCUAAGAAAGCCCGUCUCUCAGAAGCUCAGAAAGCCUUGGGUGAGAUUAUGCAGCUUUUGAAUAAGAAGCGAGCAGAAUUAACAGAAGUUGAACGUCGUUUGGAAAAUUUACAGAAAACAUUUAAAGAGAAAACUGAUGAAAAGGCUCGUUUAGAAGACCAAGUAGAACUCUGUGCUAAGAAACUUGAAAGAGCCUCAAAACUAAUUGGAGGAUUAGGUGGAGAAAAAAACAGAUGGUCUCAAGCUGCAAGCGAUCUUCAGAUAAUUUAUGAAAAUUUGACUGGUGAUGUCUUAGUAUCAGCAGGAGUAAUAGCCUACCUUGGUGCUUUCACUUCUGGCUUUCGACAAACAUGUACAACAGAUUGGAGUUUGUUGUGUAAGGAGAAAAAAAUCCCAUGUUCAGAGGAGUUCUCAUUGAGCAAGACCUUGGGUGACCCAGUGAAAAUUAGAGCUUGGAAUAUUGCUGGAUUACCAACAGAUACUUUCUCCAUAGAUAAUGGAGUGAUAGUUGAUAACUCCAGGCGUUGGCCUUUAAUGAUAGAUCCUCAGGGUCAAGCCAAUAAAUGGAUCAAAAACUCUGAGAAAGAAAAUAAUCUUCAUGUUAUUAAACUAUCAGAUUCAGAUUAUAUGAGAACUUUGGAAAAUUGUAUUCAGUUUGGAAAACCACUACUAUUAGAAAAUGUUGGUGAAGAACUGGAUCCUUCUUUGGAACCUUUACUACUUAGGCAAACUUUUAAACAAGGUGGCAUUGAUUGUAUCAGACUUGGUGAGGUCAUUAUUGAGUACUCCUUUGAUUUCAAGUUUUAUAUUACCACAAAACUCAGAAAUCCACAUUAUAUGCCAGAGCUGGCUACCAAGGUAUCUUUGCUCAAUUUCAUGAUAACUCCUGAAGGACUUGAAGAUCAGUUACUAGGUAUUGUUGUUGCAAAGGAGAGACCAGAAUUAGAAGAAGAACGAAAUGCUCUGAUUCUUCAAUCUGCAGCUAACAAGAAGCAACUAAAAGAUAUUGAGAAAAGAAUAUUAGAAACAUUAUCAUCUUCAGAAGGAAACAUUUUAGAAGAUGAAAGCGCAAUAAAAAUCUUAGACUCUGCUAAAAUUAUGUCCAAUGAGAUAACAAAGAAACAGCAGAUUGCAGAAAAAACAGAAAUCAAAAUAGCUGAAUCUCGAGAAGGUUAUAGACCCAUUGCUAAACAUUCAUCAGUAUUGUUCUUUAGCAUUGCAGACCUGGCUAACAUUGAUCCCAUGUACCAGUAUUCUCUCACCUGGUUUGUGAAUCUUUAUAUCAAUUCUAUUCAUGACAGUAACAAAUCCAAAAUUUUGGAAAAGCGCCUACGAUAUUUAAAUGACCACUUCACAUACAACUUAUAUUGUAAUAUAUGCCGAUCACUAUUUGAGAAGGACAAGCUGUUGUUUUCCUUUUUAUUAUGUACCAAUCUUCUUCUGGCAAGGAAGGAAAUUGAAUAUCAUGAACUGAUGUUUCUUUUAACUGGAGGAGUAAGUCUUAAGAGUUCUGAGAAAAAUCCUGCUCCAUCUUGGCUACCUGAUAAAAGUUGGGAGGAAAUUUGUCAUGCAAGUGAAUUUCCUUCUUUCAGUGAAUUCAGGACUCAUUUUUGUGAAAAUAUAGAUGAAUGGCGGGCAAUCUAUGAUAGUAAAGAACCACACAAUGCUAAAUAUCCAGAACCAAUGAAUAAAACCUUAAAUGAACUACAGAAAAUAAUAAUUCUUCGAUGUUUAAGACCUGACAAGAUAACACCAGCUAUAACAAAUUAUGUAACAGACAAAUUAGGAAAAAAGUUUGUAGAGCCUCCACCAUUUGAUCUGGCAAAGAGUUACUUGGAUUCAAAUUGCACCAUUCCCUUAAUAUUUGUGCUGUCUCCAGGAGCAGAUCCCAUGGCCAGCCUGUUGAAAUUUGCAAAUGAUAAAGAGAUGUCUGGAAGUAAUUUCCAAGCUAUUUCACUGGGACAAGGACAAGGACCCAUUGCAACAAAAUUGAUUAAAGCAGCAACACAAGAUGGAACAUGGGUUUGUCUACAGAAUUGUCACCUUGCUGUUUCCUGGAUGCCUAUGCUGGAAAAAAUAUGUGAAGAUUUUAAUGCUGAAGACUGUAACCCAUCUUUUAGACUCUGGCUCACAAGUUACCCAUCUCCAAAAUUCCCAGUAACAGUUCUACAGAAUGGAGUAAAAAUGACUAAUGAGCCUCCUACAGGCCUUCGGCUAAAUCUCCUUCAAUCAUAUCUCAGUGAUCCAAUUUCUGAUCCUCAAUUUUUCUCAGGAUGUCCAGGAAAGGAACUGGCAUGGGAGAAGUUGCUGUUUGGAGUUUGUUUUUUUCAUGCUCUAGUACAAGAGAGAAAAAAAUUUGGUCCUCUUGGUUGGAAUAUUCCAUACGGAUUUAAUGAGUCAGACUUACGCAUCAGUAUUCGACAACUACAGUUAUUUAUAAAUGAAUAUGAUAAAAUUCCAUUUGAAGCUAUCUCUUACUUGACUGGGGAAUGUAAUUAUGGAGGAAGAGUAACAGAUGAUUGGGACAGACGUCUUCUCUUAACAAUGCUGGCUGACUUUUAUAAUCCACAAAUAAUUGAAAACCCUCAUUAUAAGUUUUCUCCAAGUGGAAAUUAUUUUGCACCUCCCCAAAACACCUAUGAGGAGUACAUUGAAUUCAUUAAGAAACUUCCCAUUACUCAAGAACCCGAGAUAUUUGGAUUACAUGAAAAUGUUGAUAUCUCCAAAGAUCUUCAACAGACAAAAAUUCUCUUUGAGUCCUUACUCCUCACCCAGGGAGGCUCCAAACAGACAGGAGCCUCCGGAAGUACUGAUCAAAUUUUAUUUGAAUUUUCCCAAAAUAUUCUCCUUAAGCUACCAAAUAAUUUUGACAUUGAACAAGCACUAGUGAAGUAUCCUGUGAGAUAUGAUGAGAGCAUGAAUACCGUCUUAGUACAAGAAAUGGAAAGAUUUAACAACUUAAUUAAAACUAUACGUAACACUCUACGGGACCUAGAGAAAGCUAUUAAGGGUAUUGUUGUAAUGGAUUCUACAUUGGAGGCACUUUCUAGCAGCUUGCUUAUUGGAAAGGUUCCAGAAAUUUGGGCCAAAAGAUCAUACCCAAGUCUUAAGCCCCUAGGAAGUUAUGUAAUAGAUUUACUCGCACGGCUGGACUUUUUACAGAGCUGGUAUGAUUCAGGAAAACCUAAUGUGUUUUGGCUCUCGGGUUUCUUUUUCACCCAAGCCUUUUUAACAGGAGCGAUGCAGAAUUUUGCGAGGAAAUACACCAUCCCUAUUGAUUUACUGGGGUAUGAAUUUGAGGUUAUUCCUACUUAUACCUCUGAUACCGCACCUGAAGAUGGUGUUUAUAUCAAUGGACUAUAUCUUGAUGGAGCACGCUGGGACAAAGCAAGUGGAUUGCUUUCAGAACAACAUCCCAAACUUCUGUUUGACUUGAUGCCCAUUAUAUGGAUAAAGCCAAUUAAAAAGACUAAUGUUGUGAAGACAAAUGCUUAUGUCUGUCCUCUCUACAAGACAAGUGAACGUAAAGGAACCCUUUCCACUACAGGACAUUCUACCAACUUUGUCAUUGCCAUGCUGCUGAAAACAAACUUGCCCACUCAACACUGGAUCAAGCGUGGAGUUGCUCUGCUUUGUCAGUUGGAUGACUAAAUUGGAAAAAUUCUAAAAAAGAAAAAUCUAAGUGGGAAAGUGAUCUUCACUUCAAAAUAUAUAUACUUAAAAACUUUAUCUUGAUGUCAUUAUUUUUUGUUUUUAAUAGUUUAAAUUCUAAAACACUUUUGUUUGCAUCAACAAUUUAAAUGCACUAAAAGUUAGAAUAUGAUCUUC